CUCAGUGAGCCGGCAGCCUGCCUUCCAUCUCCGUGUGUGCAGCCAUCUCCCCUCGCUGCGUCUUCUCUUCCGAUCGGAUCUUAAAGCAGUUUUUCUUUCACUUUUUUCCCGAGCGCUCAACCUUCUUGCAACCGGCAUCAUGACUGACGCGGCUAUUUCUUUCAUGAAAGAUUUCUUGGCGGGCGGCGUGGCAGCCGCGAUCUCCAAGACAGCGGUAGCCCCCAUCGAGAGAGUCAAGUUGCUUCUCCAGGUACUACGGGGUGGCUGGCUGGGUGGAACCGCGCGCCUUUCGAUGGAGAAACGAUCUGGAGAGGGUGGAGGGAAGAAAGAAGGGGAUCUUUUAAGUGGUGGCUCUCACGGGCUUUGAAGUCUGCUGGGGACGACGAGGGGGCCGGGCAGGGAUCCCUCAAAAGAGGUCAUAGGCGGGUCGACUGAGUUGGAAGGCCUCUUUUGUCCAGAGUGCGCUGGGACGUUCCGUGCGCUAUGGCGCGACAGGCGGAUCCUGCGCUCUGCCUUUGUCUGAAGCGAUGGGGCCUCGUGGCUUAUCCCAGCUCCGAGGAGAUGCGAGGGAGUUUUUUUAAAAAGCCGCGGUUCUCUUCCCUGCCUUCCGCACCAAGGUCGCGCCAAGGAGAUGCAGGCCGGAGCAUCCUUUGUUCAAUGCCUUUGAACCCAAGAGAGCAACAAAAUUAGAUUUCCAGCCUCAGUUCUGCGCCUGCCCUGCCGCUUGCCCAGGAAAAAGGUUCUUGCUGACCCAGGUAGAGAGAGUGGGCCGCAGCUUUCUCUGGCAUCCAAGAUCAGCCCUAAAAUUCUAUGCUAGGCUUGUGAUCGGGGUUUCCUAUGUCCCAGGCCUUGGUGAUGGUCCGAGGCAAGCGGUCGACCUCUGCCCGUGCCCAAAAGGAACACGCAGUUCUUUUUUUCCCUUUAAACGUGCCGGUCGAAGGGGAGGAAAGCCCACGCUUGCUGGCAGUUUGCGUCGGAGCUGCUGCUGGCGAAAACUAGUUCCGCUUAUGCAAAUCCCCGCCUGGCGUUGGAUUAGUUGCGGGGGAAGGAGAGACUGGCAAGGAAGGGCAACGCGAGUAAAUCGCGGCCUGUCCCCGCAGAGAGCCCGAGUUGCCUUUCUCUCUGCUACCGUUGCGGGCAACCUGCCACUUGGCAACGUGGCUGCAUCCAAGCAGCAUCGCCUGGGAAUUCGAGGAGGCACGAAGGUGGCACUUCAUCCCCUCCAACGUGCCAUUGCUUUUGGGCAAAGCCCAAGGUCUUUGAAGUGGAGCCUCUUUGGAGCUUGGGAGUCACCUGGCUGUGUAAAUGAGAAGGAGGCAUAUAGCACAUGGUGCUAAAACCUGUCAUAAAAACUCAAAACUCCAUAAAAAUCUUACUGAGGGUUUUAUUUCAAAGAAUCAACCCAAAAUUUUGGGCAGGUGACCUUGAAGGCAAAUCUCUAAUGGACACCAAGUUGAAACUGUCUUGCUACAUAAAUCAGCCACCUGACAGGUCUUUGUAUUCUUGUUGCUUCAUCAACAGAUUGGCUCCCUGCAUAUGGGAGAGCAAAACGUCAAAAUUUAAUUAAACUUGCCUUCCAAAAACUAGGGUGUUGUAGCAAGAGAAGGUCUGUCAAGGUCAUGUGGGUGGAUUGAAAGUACUGAACAUAACCUAUGGUAGGGGUCUGCAACUAGAGGCAGGAGGGCCAGAUCAAGCUCCUUAAGGAGUACUCGCAAGAGCUGCCAGUUGCCAGAGAUGGUAGAUGGGAAACUGAGAUGUGUUGGUCAUUUUAUUUGGGACACAGGUUUGUCAUGUCACCUUCUAGUCCCUCCUGUGGAUUUAGAACACAGCUGUGGACACCUUGGGGCCUUUAUGAGAUCUGGAACACCUCAAUGAUCUGGGCACAACCCCUUGUAAAAGAGGUCACCUUGCAAUGAAGUUAUCAUUGGCUGAAUUACAGGCAUUGUCUGGCUAUCUUGCCAGAGGCUAAAUAGAAUGGAGUUUGAAUACAGAUUUGAGAGAUGACCUAUCAGGUAGUUAUUAGGUUCAGCUAGGAUACAGGAUUCUCUUAUCGGACUGAGAUUCUAUUCUAUUCUUCUUUUUUUAAGCCUACCUCUCUCUUGUCUUGUUAAGCUAAAGUUUAAUCUCUGCCUGAUGGCCUGGUGUUUUCCUGAAGUUUACUUUGAGUCCAUGGUGAUCACUCUUGCUUUCAUGCCUCAGAGGCAAAAAAAUUGCACCUAAACUUUAUGUUAACAUAGGUCUGAAAAUGAUGGUUUGCGAUUAGGCCUGGGUCAAGUGUGCCUGGAAAGGACAAAAGGGGCAUUCAAGGUCCUUCUCCUAUUGCAAUAGGCCGGAAAGAAGAAACUGAAACUUAAUUCUUAGUCAUCAGUGUGUACAGUGGUACCUUGGUUGUUGGUUCCUGAACACCGUAAACCUGGAAGUAAGUGUUCCGAUUUGCGAAUGUUUUUUGGAAGCCAAACGUCUGACGUGGCUUCCAAUUAAGUGCUGGAAGCUCCUGCAGCCAAUCAGAAACCACACCUUGGUUUUCGAACGGUUCCGGGAGUUGCAUGGAGAGGAGACCCGGAACGGAUUAAAUUUGACAACCAAGGUACCACUGUAGUUCUAAAUGGUGGAAGAAAAAUGCACAGGCCCUGCUUGCUGUAAGUACUUGUGAGUCAGAAAGAAUGAUUUAGGCCUUGUAACAUGAUACUUCUAACUUGAGCCUUGCUGUGUGCUACUUGGUUUCCCCAAUAACCUCCCUUUACAGCAGGCAUCGGGAACCUAUGGCCUUCCAGAUGUUAUUGGACUCCAAUUCCCAUCAGCCUCCCUCAGCCCAACAGUUGGGAAUGAAGGGAGUUGGAGUUCAAGUGGCAGCCAGUAGUCUUCUUCUGGAAAGAAAUAUCGCCACAACAUCUGUUAUAUUAAUCUUCAUUAUCACAUGGGUGACGUGCCUGUAUCUGAGUAUUUAAACUGUAACUUCCAGUGUCUCUGGACAGUUCAGUUGGUUAGAGCAUGGUGCUGAUAAUGCUAAGGUUGCAGGUUUGAUUCUUGUAUUGGACAUCUGCAUAUUUUUGCAUUGCAGGGGGUUCAACUAGAUUAUUGUCAGGGUCCCUUCCAACUCUGAUUCUGUGUGUAAAGAAUGAUGUACUAUGUUUUCUCACAUAGCUUGAUACUGAUUGUUCUGUUGUUUAAAAUAUAUGUUUAAGUAUAUAUCUAGAGGGGAUGCGGGUGGAGCUGUGGGUUAAACCACAGAGCCUAGGACUUGCCGAUCAGAAGGUCGGCGGUUCGAAUUACCGCGACGGAGUGAGCUCCUGUUGCACGGUCCCUGCUCCUGCCAACCUAGCAGUUCGAAAGCACAUCAAAGUGCAAGUAGAUAAAUAGGUACCGCUCCAGCGGGAAGGUAAACGGCGUUUCUGUGUGCUGUUCUAGUUCUCCAGAAGCGGCUUAGUCAUGCUGGCCACACGACCCGGAAGCUGUACACUGGCUCCCUCGGCCAGUAAAGCGAGAUGAGCGCCGCAACCCCAGAAUCAGUCAUGAGUGGACCUAAUGGUCAGGGGUCCCUUUACCUUUACCUUUAUAUAUCUAGAAGGGCCACAGGACUCCCCCCACCCCGGCCUAAGUUAGAGCUUUGGUCCAUAUUCUGGAGAAAAAUGAACAACUAUGCUAGAUUUUUUUAAGCUUGGGAAGAGCCACAUUGCCAGUGAACGUUGAGGCAUUGACAGUGAAAGGGUUUUGGGGAUAGUAUUUAGGAGCCUAAGGAGAAUACUACAGAGAGAUAAAUCCAGUUGUGGCAUAGCAAGUCAUGGUUAAAAUCAUAGUCCGCAAGACACCUCUGUUUUAACCAUGGUUUAUGAACCAUGGUAUGGGACAUGAGUGGCGCUGUAGUCUAAACCACAGAGCCUAGGGCUUGCCAAUUGGAAGGUCAGCAGUUCGAAUCCCUGCAACAGGGUGAGCUCCCGUUGUUCGGUCCCUGCUCCUGCUAACCUAGCAGUUUGAAUGCAUGUCAAGUGCAAGUAGAUAAAUAGGUACCGCUCCAGCGGGAAGGUGAACGGUGUUUCUAUGCGCUGCUGUUGUUCGCCAGAAGCGGCUUAGUCUUGCGGACAAACGCCGGCUCUCUUGGCCUAUAGAGCGAGAUGAGCACGCAACCCCAGAGUCGUCCACGACUGGACCUAACGGUCAGGGUUACCUUUACCUUUUAUGAACCAUGGUUAACAUCAACUAUGGUUUGCUAUGGCUUAGCCAUGGAUUACGUCACUGACUAUGCAGCCAGACUUAAUUUCCACUUUCCAUUUUGUCAGGUGCAACAUGCGAGUAUGCAGAUCACAGCAGACAAGCAAUACAAGGGAAUCAUUGACUGUGUGGUCCGGAUCCCUCGAGAGCAAGGUUUCCUGUCCUUCUGGCGUGGUAACUUGGCCAACGUUAUCAGAUACUUCCCCACACAGGCCCUCAACUUUGCUUUCAAAGACAAAUACAAGCAGAUCUUCCUGGGUGGCGUCGACAAAAGAACCCAGUUCUGGCGUUACUUUGCUGGAAACUUGGCAUCUGGUGGUGCUGCUGGUGCUACCUCUCUGUGCUUUGUCUACCCUCUCGACUUCGCCCGAACCCGUCUGGCGGCUGAUGUUGGAAAAGCUGGGGCUGAGCGUGAAUUCAAGGGGCUUGGAGACUGCCUGGUCAAAAUCUUCAAGUCGGACGGCCUUCGGGGACUGUACCAAGGCUUCAACGUCUCUGUCCAAGGCAUCAUUAUCUACAGAGCUGCUUAUUUUGGUAUCUACGAUACUGCAAAAGGUAAUUUUCUUGGGCUUUUGCUGGGGCCUUUUGGUAGUUUUAUAUUAGGAGAGCCAGUGUGGUGUAGUGGUUAAGAGCGGUAGUCUUGUAAUCUGGUGAACUGGGUUCGCUUCCCCGCUCCUCCACCUGCAGCUGCUGGGUGACCUUGGGCCAGUCACACUUCUUUGAAGUCUCUCAGCCCCACUCACCUCACAGAGUGUUUGUUGUGGGGGAGGAAGGGAAAGGAGAAUGUUAGCCGCUUUGAGACUCCUGAAGGGGAGUGAAAGGCAGGAUAUCAAAUCCAAACUCUUCUUCUUCUUCUUCUUAUAUGGCUUCCCAUUCAAAGUUCGGAAGUAUGGAUGCUCAAAACAGCAUUUCCCCUUAUUUCUGAUUUCUUCACUUCACAGGGAUGCUUCCUGAUCCAAAGAACACACACAUCUUGAUCAGCUGGAUGAUUGCUCAGUCGGUUACUGCUGUUGCUGGCCUGACCUCUUAUCCCUUUGAUACAGUUCGGCGGCGUAUGAUGAUGCAAUCUGGUCGCAAAGGUGGUAAGUAUCAAAGCCGCUGCAGGGAGCACAGAAAGCACAGCUGGUGGUUUUGCUAGAUCUUUUUGCCACCUCUGUGAUGUCUGCACAGUCCCACAUAUGUGGGACCUGUGGCUGUAUACCUAGCAGGGGCAUGGGUGGUGCUGUGGUCUAAACUACUGAGCCUCUUGGCCUUGCUGAUCGGAAGGUUGGCAGUUCGAAUCCCCACGACUGAGUGAGCUCCUGUUGCUGUGUCCCAGCUCCUGCCAACCUAGUUCAAAAGCACGCCAGUGCAAGUAGAUAAAUAGGUGUUUCUGUGUGUGUGGUGUUUCUGUGCGCUCUGGCUUCCAUCACGGUGUUCUGUUGCGCCAUAAACAGUUUAGUCAUGCGGGCCACAUGACCUGGAAAUCUGCCUUUGCACAAACACCAGCUCCCUUAGCCUGAAUGUGAGAUGAGCGCUGCAACCCCAUGGUCUCCUUUGACUGGACUUAACUGUCCAGGGGUCCUUUACGUUUACCUAGCAGGCAUGUUUUGGGGGCACAAUGCGUUGUCUACUUUACCAGACUGAAAGUGUGCCCCUUCUAGCUAUGUAUUGUUGGUUCUUACUGAUGAUAAUAUCUUAAGUUCAAGCUUGGCUCUACUACCUGGUUUUCCCUGGUGGAAAUCAUAGCUAGAGCUUGUUUCAAACAAAAGCAUGCAACUCUUGUAGAUGACCAGCUUUGUUCUGAAACUUCACGCAGGUAAAUGGAGUGUUGUGGAAGAGAUGUUUCUUGCUAAAGGACAGAGGGACUGGUUUAUAAAAGAAAAAAGAGCCGCACUGCCUUCUGGAGUGUCUCUAAAUUUUAUUAGAAUAGAUUGAGCAUAGGCAUAAAAUGGACUGCUUCUUGGCUGUACCAAUUCUACUUCAGAAUAAGAAAUCCUAUAGGAGAAAUGCAAGACCUAGAAAUUUGAGGAAGAUGCUAGACUUCUGGAAGCCAGGGUAAAGCUGACUCUUUGGCCUGUCUUUUGCUCCUUUAGUGAACUCUUCAGCAAUAGAGAGCCAGGGUGUUUCUAUCAUGUGAGAGCAGAUGGACUAAAUGUCCUUUAGAUACAUCAUGUGUAUAUGAUUCUCCCUGUCUUAAACAGUGAAUAUUUGUUAAAAACAUAACUGGAAAUUACCCAAAGGUCAUCCAGCUCACCUGCUGCAUGACCAAGUCAAGUAAACUCAUGCAUCUCAGUUUCACCAUUUAAUACAUGCUCCUAGCAUCUGUCCAUUUCUCCCUUCAAAAGCUUCCAGAAUAAUUAGAGGGUUGGAUAGUUUAAGAGGGAAAGCAUUCUUUACCACUACAGGGUACUUUUGAUAAGUACUUCCAAUUUGUACAGACCACAAGCACUGCAAUCUAUACAAAUUCCAAACAUGCGGCCAUUAACUAAAGGAAAACACAUUUUAUCAUGCUUCGCAAGAUGAGUGGCUCAAAAGGCUGAGCUCUGUGAAAGAAUGCCUACUUUGCAUGCAUUUGAUCCCUGGGAUCACCAGGUAGUGCUGGAAAAGAUUUCUGACUGAAACCCUAGAGAACUAAGGACAGCCAGUGUGGACAGCAUUGAGCUAGGUGAACCAGUGAUCUGAUUUGGUACAAGGUAACUUCCUAUGUAAGGGAUGCGGGUGGCGCUGUGGGUUAAACCACAGAGCCUAGGACUUGCCAAUCAGAAGGUCGGCGGUUCGAAUCCCCGUUGCUUGGUCCCUGCUCCUGCCCACCUAGCAGUUCAAAAGCACUUCAAAGUGCAAGUAGAUAAAUAGGUACCGCUCUUGCGGGAAGGUAAACGGCGUUUCCAUGCGCUGCUCUGGUUCGCCAGAAGCGGCUUAGUCAUGCUGGCCACAUGACCCGGAAGCUGUACGCCGGCUCCCUCAGCUAAUAAAGUGAGAUGAGUGCCGCAACCCCAGAGUCGGUCACGACUGGACCUAAUGGUCAGGGGUCCCUUUACCUUUACUAACUUCCUAUGUUCCUAGGCACUCUUUUCCCUUUAAAUAUGUGCUACAGUAUUAGAUCCUUAUUUCUGUUUGGCUACAUGUGGUAAUAAGUGGCCUUGAAUGGCUAGCACACUCAGCCAAUGAGAGAAUUUUGUUCCACUUCCUACACCUCUGGUGAACUGCUGCAAAUUAUCCCAGAAGUAGGUGUGUUGGACAGGGACAGAUCUACCAUAAAACUAAUGAAGCUUAAACUUUGGGGCCCCUAAUUCCAGAAGAGUCCCAGAAGUUACUUUAGUCCAUGUUGCUUAAAAUUUUUGGGUCUAGUAGACCUAUUUUGAGUUCUACAAGUGGAAAACUAUAAGGCAUAGGAAAAAAAUUGUUCACACCAGUGACUUUGAUAUGUGAGAUAAUCCAGUACAGUGGUACCUCGGGUUACAGAUGCUUCAGGUUACAGACGCUUCAGGUUACAGACUCUGCUAACCCAGAAAUAGUACCUCAGGUUAAGAACUUUGCUUCAGGAUGAGAACAGAAAUCGUGCUCCGGUGGCAGCGGGAGGGAGGCCCCAUUAGCUAAAGUGGUACCUCAGGUUAAGAGCAGUUUCAGUUUAAGAACGGACCUCCAGAACGAAUUACGUUCUUAACCCAAGGUACAGAAAUUUUAACCAAAAUCUGAGAUGCAGUAGUUAAUAAAAUAAAAAUAAAAAUUGUGAUCUGUAGUGGAACAACCCCAUUGAAGAAGGUAACAGUAGUUACCCAGACCUCGUUGCUGUUUGCAAUGGGCCCCCAUAACAGUUCCAGCUUCAAGGACUCCCUAAUGUAGGUCUGCCACUGGUGUUAGGUAUUUUUACCCUAACGCAAAGUAAACAUGGUAGAUAGUGGGAUGUAAGAGUACCAUGUCUUCACCGCUCUUGCCUUUGGCUCAGCCCUCUAGUUCCCUUGCCCUGCUAAUGACUUAGUCCAUAACUAAGCCUAUUCCUUCUUUAUCUUACCCCUGAUUCCACUUUACUCCAUUCCUGUCCCCCCCCCCAUGUUGAAUGGUAGACUUCCCGGGGCUUCUUCCUAAACUCACGUUUUGCAUGCAUUCAUGCUGCACAAAUCAGUAUGUGCGUGGAAGCCAAACAGAACAGCAGAAUUGCAGUAUGCAUCAAAAGAAUCACUUGCUCUCCCAUGCCAAGUUUUCUUUCUCUUUUCUUCUUUAGCUGACAUCAUGUACUCUGGUACAAUUGAUUGCUGGAAGAAGAUUGCCCGUGACGAAGGAGGCAAGGCUUUCUUCAAGGGUGCUUGGUCCAACGUCCUCAGAGGAAUGGGUGGUGCUUUUGUCCUAGUCUUGUACGACGAAAUCAAGAAAUACACAUAAGCUACUCCCCUCCCGGAUGGCACUUACUAUGUUAUGUUCAUGGACUGCGUCAAAACUAUUUAUCAGUUCCUACUGAAGUUUCUACUGGUUGGCAGAGGGCCACAGUUCUACUUGCCUGAUCCAUUUAUCAAGUUGUUCCCCUGACAAUGGGACUCAAACUUUAUUUUUGUUCAGUCACUUCUGUUAAAAUAAGUUUGAGAUAAAUAAAAUUUAAAUUUAAAAACAGAAACAAA